AUGUCUGAGAAGCAGCCCCCCACCGUCGUCGAGGGUGCCACCGCCGGCGAUGUCGAGGAGGAGGUCCAGCCCGCAAAGUCAGCCGAGGACCGCAAGGCGGCGUCCGCCCUCGCCAGCCUCGAUGCCGGCGGCGACGAUUCGGGAAGCGGCCAGGUCGAUGUCGAUGCCGCCCAGAAGGCGAUCAAGGGUCUUGGUGGCGCCACCGCUGCCAAGAAGGAGGUGAAGAACGUUAAGGUCGAUGCCGCCGAUGUUGCCCUGCUGGUUGACGAAUUGGAGCUCACCAAGCCCAAGGCGACGGAGCUGCUCAAGGCCAACGACGGAGACGCUGUCAAGGCGAUGAAAGCGUACUUGCGCUCAUGA